AUGAUUCGAGAUGAUUUGUCACUAUCUCUUGGUAUCAUCAGUGUUAUCAGUUGGAGUGUUGCCGAGAUACCGCAGAUUAUGACUAACUACAAUCAAAAGUCCAUUGAAGGAGUCUCUAUAACCUUCUUAACAACAUGGAUGCUUGGUGAUAUCUUUAAUGUUGUUGGCUGCUUGAUGGAACCAGCUAGUCUUCCAGUUCAAUUCUACACGGCAGUGUUGUAUACUCUGGCUACACUUGUUCUCUAUGUUCAAUCUAUAUACUACGGGCAUAUUUACCCGCGGUUGAUGAAAAACCGAAGGAAUCAUCAGAUGGUUGAUGUAGAAGAGCCUUUGCUUCGUGAAGAAGCUAAGCGUCCUUCUACCAAAUCGUUGCUAUGUGUGGUCUCGGUGUUCUUGUUUCUUGGAUCAUUCAACGUAUUGAGUGGUUCAAGAAGUAUGGAUUUGAGAGGGAAAGAUAGAGUGUUUGUAGUUGGAGGAGCAGGAGCAAGAAAGCUUUUGGAGGUCUCUAGCGGUAACUUAGGAGAAAACAACAAUAUUGGAAUGUGGUUGGGUUGGGCAAUGGCGGCGAUUUACAUGGGUGGAAGGCUUCCUCAAAUAUGUAUGAAUGUAAGGAGAGGAAAUGUUGAGGGAUUGAAUCCAUUAAUGUUCUUCUUUGCAUUCAUUGGCAAUGUGACUUAUGUUGCAAGCAUACUAGUGAACAGCGUCGAAUGGUCGAAAAUCGAACCGAAUCUACCAUGGCUAGUUGAUUCAGGAGGAUGUGCUGUUCUUGAUUUUCUUAUUCUGCUUCAGUUUUUCUACUUUCACUGUCGCAAAGUCGAGGCAGAUUCCGUCAAGAAGAAGCAUGAAACCGGUGAAGAAGCUGUCUAA